AUGACAGAAAUAAAAAAAUCAAAAAUAUUAACACAUAAACAAUUAGAAGCUAUUCUAAAUACUGAUCAUAUUUGGCAACAUUUAAUUAAAGUUGGCUUUAUUGAUAAUCGCGGUGAUGUUAUUUCAAAAGUUCAAUCGAAACGCCGUCUACCAAGACGACAUACCUUAGAUAAUAAACGACAUCAUAUAACAUAUAUAAGUCAAUCAACGGUUCGAUCCGUUCCAAAGUGUCCAGUUCAAAAACAUUCAGAUACAAAUGACGAAAAUCAAAGUCCGCCGUCUAAUUGUAGUCCGACAAGACGAAGACUCAAAAGCGCUUCGACCGUUCAGUCAAAACAAACAAACAAGACGGCAAAUUCAGCACGUUUUUCAUCAUCUACUCAAGCCACAUUUAUAGAGAAUGUUUUGAUUCGUCGCGCAGUCAGCCCGAAAAUAAUGCUAGCUGAGAAUCGAUGUCUCGUAAUAAUGAAAUAUUUUGGAGAAGAAAUGAAUAUUGAAUAUGAUCGUACUUUGUUUAUACCUCAAGAUGAUGAAAUUAUUAUUAUGCAGCAACAUUGUGGUGGAGAAAAUCUUAUGGUUUUUAAAGGUUUACUCAAACGUAGAGAUGAGUUUGCAUUUGAAUCUCGAAGACACACAGAUUAUCCAUUUGCAUUAGCAUUCUAUGUAAAUGGUGUUAUCAGUAAUCGUCUAUCGGUUUGUUGCGAAAAUAGAGUUAAAAAUGAAACGCUAAUCGGAGGAAAACGCUGUUUAUUCUCUAUUCUGAGUAUUGAAAAAUCUCGUCCAUGUCGAAAAUGUCGAUUUGAGCAACGAAUGGCAAAAUUAUUCGAAGAAAAACCAGAACUAAAACCUAGAAAAAAUCGAUAUGAUACAUCGACUAAGAAUCGUUCAACAAGUCGUGAAUCAAAUUCUGCCCGUACAGAAAAUUCCUGUGAUGCCGGAAGUUUACAAGAAAAAAAAUCGGAUGUAUCCCGUUCAAAAUCAACUGUAUCGGAUAGCAAAAAUGAUAAGACAAGUGAAUUUCCUACGCUGCAGUCAAAAUCAAUCAAAUCGGAUGACGAGGCUUCGCAAAAAAGUUGUUCUCCUAUAUCAAGCUCGGAAAAAAUCGAAACUAAUAAAAUUGACAAUGCAAAAAUAAGUCAAUCUCCUACAUUAAGAUGGAAACCAAACGAAUCGGAUAGUGAAAAUUCAAAAACACUGUUGCCUCCUAUAUCACGUUCAAAAAAAAAUGACUCUGAUACAAUUGAUCAUACGGAAACAAAUGAAUCUGUCACAUUACCUCCGAAAACAGCUGAAUCUGUUAACAACGAUGUUAGAACAAGCGGAUCUGUUACAUCGAGUUCUAAAGCCGUUGAACCUGAUAAGAAAACUCGUCUUUCAACAAAUACUUCUCCGUUAUCGAACUCAAAAAUACUUAAACCUGUUAAGAGUGAAGAUUCUGAUAUAAAUGAAUCUCUCAAUUCCAGUAUUGGUACGAGUGAACCCGAGAAGAAAAAUCUUCUCGGCAAAACAGCACCUCGUAUAUCAAGUUCAGAAUCAAUUGAAUCUCUCAAUUCCAGUAUUUUUACGAGUGAACCCGAGAAGAAAAAUCUUCUCGCCAAAACAGCACCUCGUAUAUCAAGUUCAGAAUCAACUGAAUCUGAUACGUCAAGUUCAGAAGACCCACAUGAACGAACUAGAGUCCGCCCGAAAACUGCGCCCGUCAAUCAACCAAAAUCAACGAGUUCGCCUAAUCUCUAUACCGCAGAUUUCGAAGAAAAUACUAAUUCAAGCUUUUCAAGUUCUCAUGAUGACCAUAAAUUGGCAGUACCUGCAUCGAAUCCAUCUAAAAAUCAAAUUAAUAAAACGAGUGAUCUAGAUCGUGACUCGACUGUUUCGUCUGAAACCGAUGAGGAUGAAGAAGAAUCAACAAGACUCGAAGAUUGA